UCACAAACAAGCCAAAUGGAGGGAUGGCGAGCCGCUCAGCUGAUCAGGCAGUGUUUGCUCGCCACAUUUAAAACCAACGAGCCCACUGAAAUUCUUUGUAGGGUUAGGAGAGGAAACAAGGAGAGCAGACUAGGAGAGGAAGCAAAGGGAGGACACAAGGAGAGGAAACCAGGAGUGUCAGGUAAACUUAAAGCACCCCCCUCCUGUCCACACAGAAGGCAGUUGCUAGGAGACGGUGGAGUUUGGGCAGACGUGCAUGAUGCCAGCAUGGCACAUCUGCUGCCCUCUGUCGGUUCGGAGGUCUUCAGACGCUUCACACCGGCCUCGCUGGAAGAAAUCCAACGAUGUCAUGAAGUCGAGGAGAAGGAGAGACAAAGAAGAAAGGAAAAGAACAUAGAGAUCGCAGAUGAAGAUCUUCCUAAACCAGCCAGUGACCUGGAGGCUGGGAAGCCCCUCCCCUUCAUCUAUGGAGACCCGCCCCCUGAGCUUCUCAACACCCCAUUGGAGGAGCUGGAUCCUUUCUACCAAUCACAGAAGACUUUCAUUGUGCUUGCCAAAGGAAAUGUCAUCUUCCGGUUUAAUGCUGAACCCGCCUGUUACCUGCUAAGUCCCUUCAACCCUCUGCGCACCGCCGCCAUCAGGAUCCUGGUUCAUUCUUUAUUCAGUUUGUUCAUCAUGGUGACGAUUCUGACCAACUGUGUAUUCAUGACCAUGAGCGACCCGCCGCCAUGGAGCAAGACUGUGGAGUACGUGUUUACCUUCAUCUAUACGUUUGAAGCAACAGUUAAAAUCAUGGCCCGAGGAUUCUGUGUCGGAGGUUUCACCUUCCUCAAAGACCCCUGGAACUGGCUGGACUUCAUGGUCAUCAGCAUGGCGUACCUGACAGAGUUUGUAGAUUUGGGAAACGUCUCUGUGUUGAGGACGUUCAGAGUUCUUCGAGCUCUGAAGACGAUCACAGUCAUUCCCGGUCUGAAGACGAUUGUCGGAGCUCUCAUCCAGUCAGUGAAGAAGCUGGGUGAUGUCAUGAUUCUGACACUGUUCUGCCUCAGUGUCUUCGCUCUGAUUGGUCUGCAACUCUUUAUGGGAAACCUGCGGCAAAAAUGCGUCCUAAUACCUCCGCUGUUGCUUAGCAACUACACGUCUGACAUCAACCUUAACGUCAGUUCCCAUGGAAACAAUACAGGAAGCAGUGAGGACUUUGAUUACUUUGAGUUCAUCAACAAUCCAGAGAACUAUUACCACCUUCCUGGUCAUCUUGAUGCUCUGUUGUGUGGAAACAGUUCUGAUGCCGGGGCCUGUCCGGAGGGUUACCUCUGUCUAAAGGCGGGGAGAAACCCAAACUACGGAUACACCAGCUAUGACACAUUUGGGUGGGCGUUCCUGUCUCUGGUCCGACUGAUGACCCAGGACUUCUGGGAAAACCUCUUCCACCUGACGCUGAGAGCAGCAGGUAAAACUUACAUGAUCUUCUUCGUGGUCAUCAUCUUCCUGGGCUCAUUCUACCUCAUUAACCUCAUCCUGGCUGUGGUCGCCAUGGCGUACGCCGAGCAGAAUGAGGCCACCAUAGCCGAGGCCAAACAGAAGGAAGAAGAGUACGCUCAGAUCCUGGAGCUGCUGAAGAAGAGGGAGAAAGAGACUGAACUGUUGUUACAGCAGGCGGCCUGCAGGGCAGAGCUCUCGGAGAAACAACACUCAGCACCACAGGAGAAGAACUCAUCUGCAGAAACAAAGACCCACGAGCAAGAACACACUGCCAUGGAAGAGUUUGCAGAUGAACAGAGGCCCUGUCCUCCAUGUUGGUACACCUUCGCCAACAUCUUCCUGAAGUGGAAUUGUUGUGGCUGUUGGCGGUGGGUCAAACAGGGCCUCUACAUUUUUGUCAUGGACCCUUUUGUCGACCUCGGCAUCACCAUCUGUAUCGUCCUCAACACUGUCUUCAUGGCAAUGGAGCAUUAUCCAAUGACAGAGGAGUUUGAGGAGCUUCUGAGCGUGGGAAAUUUGGUCUUCACGGGGAUCUUCACAGCUGAGAUGGUCCUCAAACUUCUGGCCAUGGACCCAUACUACUACUUCCAGGUAGGCUGGAACAUCUUUGACAGCAUCAUCGUCACCAUGAGUCUGGUGGAGCUGGGAUUGGCUAACGUUCAGGGCCUGUCUGUGCUGCGCUCCUUCCGAUUGAUGCGAGUGUUCAAGCUGGCCAAGUCAUGGCCGACCCUCAACAUGUUGAUAAAGAUCAUUGGGAACUCAGUGGGGGCUCUGGGGAACCUAACCCUGGUGUUGGCCAUCAUUGUCUUCAUCUUCGCUGUCGUUGGCAUGCAGCUGUUCGGAAAGAACUACAAAGACUGCGUCUGUCGCAUCUCACUCGACUGCGAGCUUCCUCGCUGGCACAUGUACGACUUUUUCCAUGCCUUCCUCAUCAUCUUCCGAAUCCUGUGUGGAGAGUGGAUCGAGACCAUGUGGGACUGCAUGGAGGUCUCAGGUCAGGCCAUGUGUCUGAUUGUCUUCAUGUUGGUCCUCGUCAUCGGAAACCUGGUGGUCCUGAACCUGUUCCUGGCCUUGUUGCUGAGCUCUUUCAGCGGUGAUAAUCUGGCAGCUCCAGAGGACGAAGGAGAAAACAACUUGCAGAUUGCCAUCAACAGGAUCAGUCGAGCCGUGUCCUGGAUGAAGACCUGGAUUUUGGAACAUAUCUGGACUUUAGUGGGAAAGAAGGUCCAUGUCGACCCAGACCACCUGGCGGUCGACAGUGACAACAAGACGAAGGAGCUUUUGGCUUUGACCUUUGUGACCUCAGACGAGCCACUGUCAGAGGUCAAGUCCCUCAGCUGUAACCGUGGCAACCUGAGCAGCAACUAUCACAACAUCGCCUGCCUGAGGGUCCCCAUCGCCGAGGCCGAGUCUGACUUCGAAACACCUGAUGAUGAUGACGACGAUGAUGACAACGAUGAAGAUGAGGCGGAGGAAGAAAUGCACUCACAGGGUGAUGAGUCGUCGGUCUGCAGCACAGUACAAAAACUUCCUGAAGUUCAGGACGACGAAGACGAUGAAGACUCUAAUACAAACACACCUGUGGACUGCUGCAGUGAAAAGUGUUACCACCGCUGUCCGUUCCUGGACAUAGACACAUCCCAGGGCAGAGGGAAGGUGUGGUCUAACAUCAGAAGAACCUGUUUCUCCAUUGUAGAACACAACUACUUUGAGACCUUCAUCAUCUUUAUGAUUCUGAUGAGCAGUGGAGCUCUGGCGUUUGAGGACAUCUACCUGGAGCAGCGACGGGUCAUAAAGAUGGUUCUGGAGUAUGCAGACCAGGUGUUCACCUACGUGUUUGUGGUGGAGAUGGUUCUCAAGUGGGUCGCCUAUGGAUUCAAGACCUACUUCACCAAUGCCUGGUGCUGGCUGGACUUCCUUAUUGUGGACGUGUCUCUGGUGUCUCUGACAGCAAACGUCCUUGGAUACUCUGAGCUGGGAGCCAUCAAGUCUCUGAGGACACUGAGAGCUCUGAGGCCCCUGAGGGCCCUGUCGCGCUUCGAGGGCAUGAGGGUGGUGGUGAACGCCCUGGUCGGAGCGAUCCCAUCCAUCUUCAAUGUGCUGCUCGUGUGUCUGAUCUUCUGGCUGAUCUUCAGCAUCAUGGGCGUCAAUCUGUUCGCGGGAAAGUUUUAUUACUGUUUCAAUGAGACGUCCCAGGAAGUGUUUCCCCCCGAGGACGUCAACAACAGGACAGAGUGUCUCGCGCUGAUAGCAGACAACUCCACCGAGGUCCGCUGGAAGAACUUAAAGGUCAACUACGACAAUGUUGGGAUGGGCUACCUGUCGCUGCUGCAGGUGGCCACGUUUAAAGGAUGGAUGGACAUCAUGUACGCUGCCGUGGACUCUAGAGACGUGGAGUCCCAGCCGAUGUACGAGGACAACUUGUACAUGUACCUUUACUUUGUCAUCUUCAUCAUCUUUGGCUCCUUCUUCACUCUCAACCUCUUCAUCGGAGUCAUCAUCGACAACUUCAACCAGCAGAAAGCAAAGUUGGGAGGAAAAGAUAUUUUCAUGACGGAGGAGCAGAAGAAAUAUUACAACGCCAUGAAGAAACUGGGCUCAAAGAAACCUCAGAAACCUGUUCCCCGCCCUGAGAAUAAAUUCCAGGGUCUGGUCUUUGACCUGGUCACCACACAGUUCUUCGACAUCUUCAUCAUGGUGUUGAUCUGUCUCAACAUGGUGACCAUGAUGGUGGAGACAGAUGAGCAGAGUCAGGAGAAAGAAAUCAUUCUCUAUUGGGUCAACCUUGUCUUCAUCAUCAUCUUCACCUCAGAGUGCGUUCUCAAGUUGACUGCACUCAGGCAGCACUACUUCGCUGUCGGCUGGAACAUCUUUGACUUUGUGGUCGUCAUCCUGUCCAUCGUAGGCCUUCUCCUUGCUGACAUCAUAGAGAAGUAUUUCGUCUCGCCCACACUCUUCCGUGUAAUCCGAUUGGCUCGUAUCGGUCGAGUCCUUCGUCUCAUUCGUGGAGCAAAGGGGAUCCGGACGCUGCUGUUCGCCCUGAUGAUGUCACUUCCUGCCCUCUUUAACAUUGGCCUCCUCCUCUUCCUCAUCAUGUUUAUCUUCUCCAUCUUCGGCAUGUCGAACUUUGCGUAUGUGAGGAAGGAGGCCAUGAUCGAUGACAUGUUUAACUUUGAGACAUUUGGGAACAGCAUGAUCUGCUUGUUUAUGAUUACCACGUCAGCCGGAUGGGACGGUCUGCUGAAUCCCAUCAUGAACACGCCGCCGGACUGUGACCCUGAUUUAGAAAACCCUGGAUCUCUGGUCAGAGGGGACUGCGGCAGCCCGGGCAUCGGCAUCAUCUUCUUCACCACCUACAUCAUCAUGUCCUUCCUGGUGGUGGUCAACAUGUACAUCGCCAUCAUCCUGGAGAACUUCAAUGUGGCGACAGAGGAGAGCGCUGACCCGCUGUGCGAGGAUGACUUUGAGAUGUUUUAUGAAACCUGGGAGAAGUUUGACCCCGACGCCUCCCAGUUCAUCCAAUACAGUAAGCUGUCUGAAUUCUGCGACACUCUGAAGGAUCCUCUGAGGAUCCCCAAACCCAACACCAUCCGACUGAUCCACAUGGAUCUACCUCUGGUUCCUGGAGACAAAAUCCACUGUCUGGACAUCCUGCUGGCGCUCACGGCACAGGUUUUAGGUGAUUCAGGAGAGAUGGACACUCUGAAGGCCAGCAUGGAGGAGAAGUUCAUGGCCAACAACCCCUCCAAGGUGUCAUAUGAACCAAUCAGCAGCACUCUGCGGAGGAAACAGGAAGAAGUGGCGGCAACAGUGAUCCAGAGAGCGUACAGGAAACACCUUCUGCAGCGGACAGUCAAACUGGCAUCCUACAAAUACAGAGAGAAGGAGGGGCAGCGAGAUGUCUCGCCGCCCGAGACAGGAGGACUUCUCUCUAAACGAAUCAGUCAGCUGUAUGGAGACAGCCAGGAGACAGAUGAGCCUGUCUCAGGUGUCUCGGGUGAGGUACGUCCCUCCCGGGUGGAGCUUCAGAGUGAGUUUCUCCUCCAUGCUGCUCCUCCCUUAAACACCUCUGAGUCUGUACAAAAUGAGAACCUGAGGGAGUCAGUGGUGUGAUGACAGUUGCUAUUUAACAUGUUUGUGCUCUACACUGUGAGAACUCACCUGUCGGAGGAGCGUUGGACAAACCUGGCCGUAAAGACUCAGUGACACGUCACAACAGACGGCAAGCCUGAACCAUCGAUGACUCAACAUACUCUUAUUCUGAAAAUCGAUCUCAUUUCCUGUGGGAUGAAUUCAGUUCAGACACUCUGUACACUCGUACUUCAGUUAUGAUGAUGUCAUCAAUGACCUGUGAUGACCUCAGACCAGGUGACUCUUACCUGUUGCAAGUGUUUAUCAGUCAGACUGAAGGUUUUAGAUGACCAAUCACGUGACGUUAUUCAGUCUGACAGUUUGAUACUAACCUGCUCAACUCUUUAAUCAGUCACAGACGAGACUCCGCCCACUUCUGACCACACACACACACACACACACACACACACACAACAUAACGACAUUUGAAUCUGAUGAGACAAACAGUUUUUUUGGUUGUUGAGUUUGAUCACAUGACUGACAGUGAUGUGAUCAGUAACCAUGGUGAGGGAUGCAGCUUGUCAUUCAUCAGAUUCUGUAUUUUAUUUUCUUUAGUAAUUAAAGUCGAGUCCUCAGACCCUCAGACCUGUCUGUCCUCAGACCCUCAGACCUGUCUGUCCUCAGACCUGUCUGUCCUCAGACUUUCCCUGCAGACAAAGAAAAAAAUUCCCAAAAACCCUUCAACAGGGAGAAAUGAAGGAAACCUGGGGAGGGGUCCAUCGUCAAGAAGGACAGAUGGACAGAAAGACAGAAGGACAACAGGUCAACAUGAUAAAAUUACAGGAUAGAAAACAACAAAAUGAGCUUGAAUUUCUCACCACGUUUGAUCCAGAGAGGAGGUUUAUAUUUUCAGUUCUGCUUGUUUGUUUGUUUGUUUGUUGGUCAGCAGGAUUAUGGCAAAACAACAGGUCUGAGAAAGAACUUGUUACCCCUCCUGAUUAUAUUAUUAUUAUUAUUAUUAUUAUUAUGAUAAUUUACAGGUAAUUAAAGAGGAAAAGCUGCGACAUGAUGAACUUUGUCCGUAUAAACUAACUGAGGUGAAACAGUCGACGUUGCAACAGCUCUGACUCAGUGAGAUGCGUACGCAGUGAUGGCGUCCUGCUGACGUUCUGCAGAUGGCGUGACUACUGACAUGUCUUCAGACUUCCUGUCCACUCACAUCGUCUGACAGCUGAACACACGACUUUCAUUUUACAUCUGGAACAAAAUGUGACAUCACAGUGGACACUAUGACAUCAUGUCAGAUGUUAUGACAUCACAGUCACAGUGGAAGUUAGAACAUCACUGAGGCAACAAAACGAAUCAGUCCAACCUUCACAGGUCCAGACAUCAGUGCUGUUGUGAAGUAAACAAAGCUGUAAACAGGAAAUAGAUUCAGUUUCUGUAAACAACAACAACGGGAAGUUCCAGAUGACAAAAUCUCAAGUGUUUGAACAUAGAUGUCAAGUCAGUCAAUAGAUUUACUGAGAAAAGUCAAACUUAUUAAUGAAUUUAUUAAUCUGCAGCUUUUUGUCCCGCAGUAGUUUUAUUUCUUUAUUUCUUUGUUUAACGUCUUUGACGUCUUUCUUUAACAUCUUUAUUUCUAACGUGAUCAUUUUGUGGUGUUUUUUGUAUGAAUUCUAAUAAACGAGUGUUUUUAUGAUUCACUUUUAAUUUCCAACUUCAGAAGUUGUUUUCACUCGAUGUCAAACUGUGGAUAAGACCAGACAUCGUGAUUGGUGAAUGAAUGUCAGAGUCAUCAGCUGUUUGGUUGAUGUGAAUGUUUGAGGGUGAUGAUUAUGGCAGAUGAUGAUGAUGCUGAUGAUGAUGAUGGUUGUUGCUUGCAGUGAAGACAAAAUGAUUAAAGCUUCAAACUGUCCAGGAAA